UAUUACGAAGAGACGGAGAUCACCGAGAAGACGACUCAGUACAAGAAGGUGAUCGAGGAAAACGGGUCGACGCUGAUCAUCAAGAAGGUGACUGAGGAACUGUCGGGGAAGUACUCGUGCGAGGCGUUCAACGCCCUCGGGAAGACCAAGAGCACCGGCGUCCUCUCCGUCUUGGCUCCGCCCAAGUUCAAGGCUGGUUUGUCAGACAAGGAGGUUAACGAGGGUCAGAAUAUCGAAGUGGAGGUGAAAAUCUCCGGGGUCCCUCAGCCCACUCUUCAAUGGACGAGGAACCGGGAGGACAUCACGGUGGACAAGACCAUCAAGCUGGUGAAAGUGGAUUCGGAGACGGAGCGGAUAGUGAUAAAGAACGUGACGAGGACCCACGCCGGGGAGUACGAAGUGGUGGCCCGGAACCGCCUCGGCCAGGCGACCAGCUCGGGGAAGAUCACCGUCAACUUGUGCUUUGGGAUGCGAAGUGCAUUCGGUGCCUUUCCCAUUGUGGAUGCCGCGGCGGAUGGACCCCGCCCGUUGUGA